CCACCACCACCACCACCACCACCACCACCUACGUCGGCAGCAGCACCUACGCCAACGCCAACGCGUACGCCAACACCAACAACUCGCUCAGCAGCAGCAGGGACUGGUGCGAGUGCUGCCCGCUGUGCAGCCAAGACGCCUACGCCUACGCCGGCGAGCCGUCCUUCCAGACCCUGGCCCCGGCCGCCGCCCCGGACGGCAUAAUGUUGUGGCUCUUUCGCGUGCUGUUUGGCGCCGUCUUCCUCCUCAGCAUCGUCCUCUCUAUCCCCAUCGCCUUUGACGUCGGCGGCCGCGACGCCGGGCUCGCCUACUCGCUCGCCCUCUUCACCUUCUACCUGCUCUACUCGUCGGCCAAGCUCCUGACCCCGGACCGCGGCUCCCGCUUCCGCGCCGCCCUGAGCGGGCUCCUGCGCCUGGCCCAGUGGGUCGUCAUCCCGACCCUGCUCAUCUGGGCCCUGAGCCGCUUCUCGGUCGACGACAAGCAGUCCGCCGCCGCCGGCGCGGACUGGGUCCAGCGCACCCUCGGCCGCGCCGGCUUCGGCACGCGCGCGCCUGAGAGCUGGCACGACUGGUUCUUUGGCCAGCACGGCGUGCUCGAGACAGUCACCCUGGGCAGCUGGGACAGGAGCCUAAGCUACUCGAGCCCCGUCUUCCAGCUGUUCGAGGGCUUCUGCAGCCUGCUGGUCAUCCAGGCCGCCGGCCAGAUCACGAGGUGGCUCGUCAACCGUGGCAGGAGCGAUACGUGGAUCAUCCUUCUCCUCGUCUUCUCCGCCUCCGUUAUCGCGAGCGCUGUAUACUUCCUGUGGAGGGUGGUGCACUUCCCCCAGAUCAACAAUGGCGACGCCACGCUGAUCGGGGUCACUAUGACCACGGCCUUUUUCCUUGGUGCCUACGGCAUCGGUAGCGGGCGUGGGAACCCGGUCGAGUCGUCGCUCCUCUUCGCCUACAUCGUUCUCUGCGUCUACCAGAUCUUCACCGACUACAUGCCGUCUGACGGUGCCGCCGCUGCCGCUGCCGAUGCGCAGCCGGGCGCCGCGCAACCCGACUUUCCGCCGCUGCCCCCCGUCAUCAUGGCGUCGUACUCGACGCUGCUUCACAUGCUGGGCAACCUCCCGUCGGCCGUCAGCUCGUCGCUCACGUUCCUGUACGCGGCCUUCCAGACCAUCACGCCGUCCGUCAUCAUCUCGCUCGCCUACCGCAUCACCGUCUUCUACUGCGCGACGCGCAUAAUACCCGCCGUUCGCGAGUCGGGUGCGCGCGCUCUAAUGCAGGAGCCCUCGUUUGAGGACGCCGACGCGGCCAGCAAGCUGUUCGGCUUCCUCUCGUGGUUCUCUCCCUCGAUCCUGAUCGCCGUCUACACGAGCCUGUUGCUGCAGCACUUCUCCGUCUCGAGCGACGGCGUCGGCGACCUGGGCUGGACGCUCAAGUCCGGGGACGCCGGCGGCAACAUAUGGCGCUGGGUCAACGUGGGCGCCACCAUGUCCAUGUACGCGGUCGAGCUGUACCUCGGCAGCGACGACCCGGACACGGGCAUGACGGCCCAUUGGAAGAGCGACUGAUCUAGUCCGCCUAAAUCGGCCGGCGAACAUUGUGCCGCAUCUCUAUUGUCUCUCUGGGGACACAAACACAACCAUAUAUGCAUGCAAAACAUCAGAGCGGCACCUUACGUUGGCUCCCUUUUUCUCGACUAGACAGUCUAGAGAAGGGAGCGGAUGCCCUCGCAAUUUAUACCCCGCAGGAAACUUGUUGGACAACUGUUUCCUUAUUGCCCAAUUUCCCUUCUUCCGCCUCUUUUUUAUGACCCUCGCUCUCUUCGCGUCCCUCUCACUCUCACUCGACACCUCCCUAACCGCCGACGAACGGCUCAUACUCACGAAUCUCCUUUUAACUCGUCUAUAUGACCCCAUCACGGGGAAACCUUGCGCGAAGCAGCUCCCUCGUUCCAUUUUUUUCACCUAUUACCGACUUUAUGACGAUGAAAUCAUCACCAGGUCUCGUUCGACGAAAAGUUUUGGAUGAGGGUGGUUUAUGAAAUGGACUCGGGCAGCACAGCAUGGCGUCGUCUUGUGGUUUCCCCUCCCCUCUUUCCAGGCAAUGAACAAAACAAACAAAAACCAGGAGGCAAGGCCAGGCCAGGCCCGCCCUCUUCAUAUUUCAUAUUUUCUUUGUUUAGCUAAUCAUGUUCUUUUUUUGGCCCUUAGCUUUUUUUUUUUUUUGACGCGAAGCAUCGAACAUGUAUGAAGGAGCAAGCGGAAAGGGAACGAAGCGCGGCAAAGCCCGCCUCGGGUACAACAUGUACUCCAAUGCAGAUUUUCUAUGUCUACAAUGCCCAUUGCGCGAGUUUGAAUGUACCAUCUGUCUCUGUCUCUAGCAGUUGUCGUCUAUGCUUGUUUUUGCCUUUAAAAACACAAGAUCAGGAUCUCGCUUCCCCUAAAACAAGACACACGUACGACACCUUGCUUUCUCUUUUUGCCAAUGCCAAAGGUCUCGCUCAGUCUUGGAAGGUCCUUUGGGGUCGUGACCACUUGGUCCGCCCUCGACCGCAUAUAAUGAUGAUCACCAUGACACGCCCGA